CAGGGGGAAGGGGAGGCGCAUGCGCACCCCGUGUUAGUGAUGGAGGAGAGAAGAUGGCGGAAGCGGAAUUUAAGGAUCACAGUGCAGCUAUGGAUAGCGAACCAAACUCUGGAACGUCUUCUGUGUCAACAACUGCCAGUAGCACUACCACCACCACCAUCACCACAUCCUCCUCUCGAAUGCAGCAACCACAGAUCUCUGUCUACAGUGGCUCAGACCGACAUGCUGUUCAGGUAAUUCAACAGGCAUUGCAUCGCCCCCCCAGCUCGGCUGCUCAGUACCUCCAGCAGAUGUAUGCGGCUCAGCAACAGCACUUGAUGCUGCACACAGCCGCUCUUCAGCAGCAGCAUCUAAGCAGCUCCCAGCUCCAGAGCCUUGCUGCUGUUCAGGCAAGUUUGUCCAGUGGAAGACCAUCUACAUCCCCCACAGGAAGUGUCACACAACAGUCAAGUAUGUCCCAGACAUCUAUCAACCUCUCCACUUCUCCUACGCCUGCUCAGUUGAUGAAUCGUUCCCAGGCUUCCAGUUCUACUAGCGGCAGUAUUACCCAACAGACGAUGUUACUAGGCAGUACCUCCCCUACCUUAACAGCCAGCCAAGCUCAAAUGUAUCUCCGAGCUCAGAUGCUGAUUUUCACACCCGCUACCACUGUGGCUGCUGUGCAGUCUGACAUUCCUGUUGUCUCGUCGUCAUCGUCACCUUCCUGUCAGUCUGCAGCUGCUCAGGUUCAGAAUUUAACAUUACGCAGCCAGAAGUUGGGUGUCUUAUCUAGCUCACAGAAUGGCCCACCAAAAAGCACUGGUCAAACUCAGUCAUUGACAAUUUGCCAUAAUAAAACAACAGUGACCAGUUCUAAAAUCAGCCAACGAGACCCUUCUCCAGAGAGCAAGAAGGGAGGAAGCCCAAGUUUGGAAUCUCGAAGCACAGCAGUCACUCGGACAUCAAGCAUUCACCAGUUAAUAGCACCAGCUUCAUAUUCUCCAAUUCAACCUCAUUCUCUAAUCAAACAUCAACAGAUUCCUCUUCAUUCACCACCUCCUAAGGUUUCCCAUCAUCAGCUGAUGUUACAACAGCAACAGCAGCAAAUGCAGCCAAUCACCCUUCAGAGUCCAACUCAAGAUCCGCCCCCAUCCCAGCACUGUAUCCCACUCCCAAACCAUGGCCUUUCUCCGGCUCCCAGUAAUGCCCAGUCACAGCAUUGCUCACCAAUUCAGAGCCAUCCCCCUCCUUUAACUGUGUCUCCCAGUCAGGCACAGUCAGCACAGCAGUCUGUAGUGGUGUCUCCUCCUCCACCUCAUUCCCCAAGUCAGUCUCCGACUAUAAUUAUCCAUCCACAAGCACUUAUCCAGCCACACCCUCUUGUGUCUUCAGCUCUUCAAUCGGGGCCAAAUUUGCAGCAGGCUGCUGCUGAUCAGGUACAACCAACAGCACAGCUGAAUCUUCCAUCCCAUCUUCCACUUCCAGCAUCCCCUGUUGUACACAUUGGCCCAGUCCAGCAGUCUGCUUUGGUAUCCCCUGCUCAGCAGAUUGUGUCUCCAACAUCACACCAGCAAUACUCAACCCUGCAGUCAUCUCCAAUUCCAAUUGCAACCCCUCCACAGAUGUCGACAUCUCCUCCAGCUCAGAUCCCACCACUGCCCUUGCAGUCUAUGCAGUCUUUACAAGUGCAGCCUGAAAUUCUAUCCCAGGGCCAGGUUUUGGUGCAGAAUGCGUUGGUGUCAGAAGAAGAGCUCCCUGCUGCAGAAGCUCUGGUCCAGUUGCCAUUUCAGACCCUUCCUCCUCCACAGACUGUUGCGGUAAAUCUCCAAGUACAGCCAGCAGCACCUGUUGAUCCACCAGUGGGAAUGCAUUUGAACCAGUGUCAUCUGCACAAAGUUUUUUCUCUUAAGGUUUAUCAAGUAGAAGAUGUGUGUGAGGAAGAAAUGCCCGAGGAGUCAGAUGAAUGUGCGAGGAUGGAUAGAACACCGCCACCGCCCACUUUGUCUCCAGCAGCUAUAACUGUGGGGCGAGGAGAGGAUUUGACAUCGGAACAUCCAUUGUUAGAGCAAGUGGAAUUGCCUGCUGUGGCCUCAGUCAGUGCUUCAGUGAUUAAGUCACCCUCAGAUCCCGCUCAUGGCUCUGUUCCUCCACCACCACUCUUAAUUCCAGCAGCUACCACAAGGACCAAUAGCACAUCUGUGGCCAGCAGCACUCCCAGCCUAGAAAACAAGCCUCCACAGGCUAUUGUCAAACCACAGAUCUUGACCCAUGUUAUUGAAGGUUUUGUGAUUCAGGAGGGAUUGGAACCAUUUCCUGUGAGUCGUUCAUCUUUGCUGAUAGAACAACCUGUGAAAAAGAGGCCUCUUUUGGAUAAUCAGGUGGCGAAUUCUGUGUGUGUUCAGCCAGAGCUACAAAAUAACACAAAGCAUGCGGAUAACUCAUCUGACACGGAGAUGGAAGACAUGAUUGCGGAAGAGACAUUAGAAGAAAUGGAUAAUGAGUUGCUCAAGUGUGAAUUCUGUGGAAAAAUGGGAUAUCCUAAUGAAUUUUUACGGUCAAAACGAUUCUGUACUAUGUCAUGUGCCAAAAGGUACAACGUUAGCUGUUCUAAAAAAUUUGCACUUAGUCGUUGGAAUCGUAAGCCUGAUAAUCAAAGUCUUGGGCAUCGGGGCCGUCGUCCAAGUGGCCCUGAAGGGACAGCAAGAGAACAUAUCCUUAGGCAGCUUCCAAUUACUUAUCCAUCUGCAGAAGAAGACUUGGCUUCUCAUGAAGAUUCUGUGCCCUCUGCAAUGACAACUCGUCUGCGCAGGCAAAGUGAGCGGGAAAGAGAACGUGAGCUUCGAGAUGUAAGAAUUAGGAAAAUGCCUGAGAACAGUGACUUGCUCCCAGUUGCACAGACAGAGCCCUCUAUAUGGACGGUUGAUGAUGUCUGGGCCUUCAUCCAUUCUUUGCCCGGCUGCCAGGAUGUUGCAGAUGAAUUCCGAGCACAAGAGAUUGAUGGACAGGCCCUGCUCUUGCUAAAAGAAGACCAUCUCAUGAGUGCAAUGAACAUCAAGCUGGGCCCAGCCCUGAAGAUUUGUGCACGCAUUAACUCUCUGAAGGACUCGUAACAGGAGACCAAGGCUUUCAUGUAAUAUCACUUUUAUUGCUCUUAGUAGGUAAAGGUAAAGCCUCAUUUGGCUGCGAAUAUUAGACUGGUGAUGGAAGGCCAAGCACGCUGGGACCGCCACUUCCAGUGCUGACAUUUCUCUUCAGAAACCCUAACUCAUCAUACAUUUUCAUAAUAGCCAACAUUGGUGAAGUUCAUUUUACCAAUUACAUACCACACUGAAAGACUUGUUACAGAGGCUCUUAUUUUUCAAAGAAACGUGUUAUACUAGAUAAUUUUUAAAGGUAAUAUUUAUCAUUAAUAUAAAAGAAUCCUUUUAAAAUAAUUAUUGAUUUACACUCCCCCUCCUUUGAUUCUGUUUUCUUAUAUGUUUUUCUACCAUGUUUGUUUUCCAAAGGUUAUCAUAGAGAUAUAGAGUAAUUUAGGAGCCCAUUGACAGAAUUGGAUGCAAUGAAAUAUCAUUAUGUUUUAAAAACCAUAUCUUCCAGACAAAUGCUUUGGCUGUGAAGAAAGAGUGUGUUCUUGCAUAAGCAGUGUUUAUGGAAGUCACAAGAGUUUAUUCUAGACUUCCCUGUGAUCGGCAUGACUGAUAGUGUUUCUCUUGGUUUUGUACAUUAAGAGCAAUAGUUCUUAGUGGAGGUCUCUUUUUGUCCUUCAGGGUGCUUUUGGCAAUAUCUGGACACAUUCUGGUUGCCGCAGUUUGUGGUUGAGUUUGGGGAGGGUUGUUACGGGAAUUGAGGUGGUAGUGGCAGCCAGAGAUGUUGCUGAAUAUCCCUCAGUGCACAGCACUAUUACCAAGAAUGAUACAUUAUAGAUGCCAGUAGUGCCAAGGUUGAGAAGCCCCGGUGAACAAAGAGUGCUGCAUGUUGCUCUUUCUCACCUUCAGGGACAUACUUAAAGAUAGGGUAUGAUAAGGAGUACAUGCUUAGUGAAGUAUUAUUCAAAUGGCAAUGUUCUGAAGUUUUUUGUUUUGUUUUUCAGUUUUACUGUAUACUAGAAAAGGGAAGAAAAUCCAUAAAAUUGGUAUGUAAGAUUAGGCUAAUUUACAGAACAUGUGACUGAUAUGGCAUUGGCCCAUGUUCACCUUUUCCUGACUGUUGCUCUGCACUGAUGGAGGUGUAAGAUGCCAUCAUGCCUGGGAGAGUUGGUAGUGGAGGUGUGAUCCCUUCCUCGUGGCUCUCUCAAAUCGACCCUGCUGAAUCUGUCUACAAUGCACAUUGCUUUCUCCCUUACUAAGUCCUUGGAUUCUUCCCACAAACAUUUAAAGUGAUUUCUCUUAAUCCAAAGUUUUCACUCAGCAGUUAUUUUUCUGUAGAGUUAGGACAUUAGGACAGGAUUGUCUGUGGGUGCUCUGAGAGCCUUAAAGUGUUGGCAUCGGAAGACUUGAUGACACGCUUGUUUUCUCUAUCUUUACUGCAUCAUUGAGAAAUCUGAACAUUAAAGGAGCAGAUGGCAGAUCCUUGGCCACAGAUGUAAGAGACCUCAAGAGUCUGAGCUCACAUUUUCAUUGCUCUUUUCAGAAGAAGACUAAAAGACGUCACAAAGGUAUCACAGAUAAAAUUUAUCUUUUGGCUUUGUGUACAUUAGAAAAUGUCAGUUAUUUUUAUACAAAAAUAUAGUGGGUAAUUUUUUUAAUCUUUAGAUGCUUCUUAUUUGAAUGUAUGCAUUGUGGACUUGUUAGUGUAGUAGUUUAAGAGGUGUUCACUGGUAGUCCUGUGUAGACUCAAAAUGUUUAAGUAGCGUGAGGCUCAUGUUUCAAACCUAAGGUAGUGUUAGUCUCUGUUACUUAUUUCUUUGUAUCACAUUUUGUUAUUAAUGUUUCAAGGAAGGUAGGUACUUUAUAGUCCAUCUCAUUUAUUAGCAACAAGUCAUCAUGGCAGUGUUACAUUUUCCUUUCAUUCUCCUAAACAUAGGCUAAGCAGCACUAAGAGAUUGCCUACUACAUGAAAGAGGCACAAAGGCAGAUUUCCUCUGGAAUUAAAACUGUAUUGUAGUAAUCCAGUUAAUACAGACUUAAUUGUCCUGUAUAGACCUCCAGCAAUAAUGCUUCCCUCCUACAAAUACUUACAUAUACCCUUUAAGGUAUUAGCUCUACACUUCUACUAGAAUCAGUCCAUUGUGUGCUUAUGAGAAACCCCUGGGCCUAGCACUGUCUUUAAGCAUCCGUAAGCAUCUUACAAGAUAAGUUUCUAUUGCAAAAUGCCUUCUUAUCCGGAUCUUCUGUUGUCUGCACUUAAAUUCAACUAGAAAAUGCACUUUUUUCUACAGGUGGGUUGUUUCAUGUAAAAGUGGCUCAUUUGUUGUUAUUUGGUAGUUCUCCCAUUGCUGCAGGUAUUUCUUUCUAGAUAAUUUAAUCAUCCUAACCUGAAAACUUCAAUUACAUGUGAUGGGGACACACACCCUAUGUCCACCUGUCUCCUGAGCAUUAGACUGUUCAAUAUGACACAGAUAGAAAGGAUGCCAUUUGCUUUUCCUUUGUAUUACCAAGUGCUUUACAAACUUUCUUUGAGGAAAAAAUGACAAGCAGAAAGGGAACAUGGGUUCUUUCUAUUUUUGCUACCUGAGUUUAUAUUUCCUUUAAACCCCUUUUGCACUAGAACAUACUCUUCACAUUUUAAGUUCUGUGUUCUUAGGAAAAUGCAGUUGGCUUGUAAAAGUUACUUUAUAUGACAAUACUUAGAAGCUUUGUGUAGACAUGUGUAGAGCACAGCUACACAGCUCCAUUAUAAACUAACACAGCACAAGAAUGCUGUCUCCAUACUUGACAGCUUUGGUGACAUGUAACUGUGAUGGUUACAUUCACUUCCAUUUGCUGUGGAGUUUUUCUGAACAGAACGGUAGUCUGGGUUAAAGCUGUCACCUAGGAGGAGAUGCUAGAAAAGAGGAAAGAGAUAGUAGUGAAUGAACUAGAGAGGGCUAACAGGCAAAUGGAACCUCCCACUUGUUCAUUCCAUCUUUGCAACACUGAACAAAUGCUGCACUUUUGACGUUAAAAUUCAUGUUUUCCUAAAUAAAUAGAAGUGGUUUCUUGUGUUUUGGGAAUCCUGCUGCUUUCCUCUUUGUUUCUUUGUAUUGGAAGACUAAUGCAUGAGACCAUGCCUUUGAAUAAUUUGUUUUACAUAGUCUUCAUAUAUUAAGUGCAAAAUUAUAGUCACCUAUCUGUUUACAAAUACAAAUCUUGGAUUGAAGUCUUUCAGAGGACACAGUUUUUCAAGUUUGUUUAGUUGUGUGCCUCGGAACUCAGAGCCCUUAAGAGUGUUAUUCUGGACCAGAGUGGUAGGAAGGAAAUAUAGUCAAGUAAUUUUAGGCUUUGAUUUCAUGUGUGCAGGUGAUUUUAGAAAGAAGAAACUCUUACUGAUGCAUGUGAAUGAAGCUGGUCUUGCAGCUAUGGCCAGUGUAUGCAACCUCUGACUGGUCACACGGUUAAAUCAUUUCAGACAUGUUUUCAACCCAAGAGGCUGGCUGUAUGUGACUUCAUCCUUUGUGAAUACCCACAACACCUGCUUCCAACUGGUAUUGUUAGUGGCAUGGAAUGGCCUUGUCUUAUUUCCUUCAUUAAGCCCCUUUUAUCCCCAGCCCUACCCCAAAUAAACCACACAGGGCUUUCUUCUUAGUUCUUGGCUUGGAGUUGGGUAGCAUCCUGGCCUGGAAAUCUUCAUGAUUUUGUAACAGGGAUAGACCUUUAUAAUUUUACCAGUUGCAUUUCAAUGAAAGCCUUCUCCCUCUAUGCAAAUCAUUUCCUAGUUAUGUUUCUUGUGCACCAUAGGUCUGUGUGACUAGUUGUACCCUAAAGCGUGUUUUUUUCUUGUGUGUGUGUGUGUGUGUGUGUGUGUGUGUGUGUGUGAUUUGGUUUUUUUUUUUUUUGGUGGUGGUGGUGGGCAGAUAGGAGGGCGACACUGCCGGCUAAAUGAAGACAUUUAGCAUGAUCCAUGGUAAUGGGUGGCUCAACUGCCAUUAUAGCAAUGCAAAGGUCUUAGGGUAUGUUAGUUGGUUUGUUUGCUGGUACCAGGGACUGAAGUCAGUGUUUCACACUCCACCCCUGAGCUUGCAUACUAUGUUUUUGCUUGUUUGCCUAGACUAACCUGGAAAUGUUAUCCUCUGACCUUUUCUCAAGUGCAAAGGUCUGUGCCACCAUGCCAAAUCUAGCCCUGGUAGCUUUAAAUGUCAAGAUUCUCCUGUAAUCAAAUGAGUUCUCUUCUUAUCACCUGACCCUGCUGUGAGGCGCUUUGAUGUUAUUAGUACCACUGGUCCCCAAGUGAGUGAUCCUGAAUUUCUGAAGAUAACUAGUAAGAGGAAGAGAGAGUACUGUCAAAAUUUAGAAGUCUGUUGUGUGUAGCCAGAUUAGAGAGGAUUUCCACAUCAGAUAGCACAACUGAUGCAUGCAGUCUUGCAGCUGGUCGUGAGGGGAAAGGCACUGUAAGGUAGUUUGUUGUGUCUCAGUCUGAAACCAGCUGUUCCUCCUGACUGGGUCCCAGGAAGCACAGGCCUGCCUGUGUUCUUGGUGUAAAGCAGAAUGACUCAUGACAUGAACUAUUUAACUCACAAUCUUCAAUGCUGAUACUUUAUCAGUCCAUUUGGAAUAUUUUACUUCAUCUCAAAGAUUGGUUUUCAGUUUAUAUGAAUAUAAAUAUUAGAAAUGGUAAAUAAAUUUUCUUAUUAAUUAACUUUAAGCCAUUGAACCAUACUUCUUAAGAAAUUCUCUGGGAAGAUAUUUCUCUUGUGUUAGAAGAUUAUAAAAUGCAUUAUCCUAUAGUUUAUAGUUGAAAUAAAAGCGGUUUCUUUAAUUUAAAAAGUUGGAAAUGACAUUAACUUUAAAAAAGUUACCUAAAACGUUAAAAUCUUACAAGUGUGCAUAUUAGUUCUAGAGUUCAAUCUACUUUAAAAGUAUACUAAGAGAAAAUUUUCUUUCUUUUUGAAAGUCACGAGGUACCAAGUGAAGUACAAGUAGUGCCAUCAUGUUCCAGAAAAGAACGUCAGGAGGCCCUGCCCUCUGUAGUGAUGUGCUCCUAGCCUCCCUAAGACAGAGUCCCAAAAUGCACAUACACACUUUCUGGCAAGUGCCAUAGUGAUGGGAAAUUAUUUCCACAGGGGUUUUAUUUUUUCCCUUUUGAUAGCUUGUGGACAUUUUGUUUUAUUUUAAAAUACAAUUUUAAUAAAAUGUGAGGUCCACAAUGAGCUUCUACCACCUUAUAUUUUAGGCUGAGGUCUUUCUAUUGCUUUUCAAAUGCUGCCCAUGAUAUUGCUGGCAUUGGGUAUGAAUCUAUAGAAAGAUAAAACUUUAAAUAAGUAUGUACUAAAUUAAUUUUAAUUUUGAAAAAACCAGUAUGAAUUUAAAACAUUAUGCUAGCAUGGCAUAAUUUUAAUGAAAUGUAAGAGGGAUAUAGUUAAGUCCUUUUAUACUGUCUGAAUUAAUGCCAGUCAUCAUCUUAGAUACAGUACCUAUUGCUUAUUAGCUUAAUGGAAUACGUCAGUGUUAACCUGUGCUUUGUAGACCUUUCUCUGACAGUGGUGAAGAGGGAUGGAGAUUAUAACAUCAUUGACACAAACAUGAACCCACUGUAGCAGGAAGGGACUUUUUUAGUCUUGCCUCAAGUAACCUAAAUAUGUACGGUGUUUAAAGUCCUUGUACAUAGUGCCUGUGUUAAAUGUUUUGGUAGUACUAAAGAGUGAGCAAAAUUACUAUUUUUAUUCAGUAGUGAGUGACAUAAAUACACUUGCUGCAUUAUCUUGUUGAGUGGCAAUGAAACACUGUGGCUUUGAGACUUGGUAUUACUCCAGAUAGCAAAUUAGCUGUGUGACACCUUGGGCAAUUAUUUGGCUUUUAAUCUCAUCUGAAUGAAUACCUGCACUGGCAAAUAUGUUGACUUUUGGCUUUAGUCAUCAUUGAAGAAACCUUCCUCCAGCUCUAAAAUUACAUUCCUGAGCUACAUAAUUGGUAUUACCACUAGCCUGACCGAAUGACACUCAUGCACUUAUUCAUCCAUUUGUAAACUAUUUGAAAACUUGGGUUGUGUGUAGCAUAUACAACUAAAAAAAAAAAAAAAAUCAAGUCUUCCCAAACAGCCUCACUGCUGCUUAAGCAUAUAUGUACUAACUCCCAGUCAAUGCCCUGUUGCCUGGGAACUGGGAUUUAAUAACACCCAAGGGGUCCAAAUCCCAUCACCACUCUCAGACCACCUUUCACAUACUGCAUGUCUGCUGACCAUCUACUUACUGUCGACAGACAACAGUAAGAACACCUACCAUAACCAACUCUGAGUGUUGCGACAGGCGGUGUCAGGACUAGUCCUGUGCAUGGUAUGUGGCAGGAUGACAGAAGCUGAUGUGGAAUCAGUAUGCAUCUUUAAUUGCAAAGAUUUAUAUCCAGUAUUGAUUGAUGGAUAGUGGGGCAGUUUUCCAAAACGGACAUCUGACAGGAGGCCAGGAGAACAGGCUGCUGCCACCGCUUCCUACAGUCGAUUGCAUUGUGUGCUAUAGCCAGUCAGAGGGGGGUAUGCACUGCAUCAUGAAAUAAGGCAGAGCUGGUAACAAGGCAGAUCCUGCUGCGCUGGCCAGCAUUUGAGGAGUAAAGAUGGAAUCAGAUUUAAUUGGGUAAAUUCCCUUGUCACUCUGGGAUUCUGUGAAUCAGGUUGUAACUUUUGCUUUAAAUACUAACAUCAGUUGUUACUAACAUUCUUUAUAAAGAUAUAAAAAUAUAUUUUAAAAACUUUUAUGUAUCAUAGCUGUAGCUUUUUAAGGUGGGAAAAUGUCCAAAUAAAGUGUUUGAUUACUAUAUAUAACAGAUGCUUUCAAACAGGUUUUUUUUUUAAAGGUAUACUAAUCUAAAUAGCCCAAAUAAUCUAGCCUUUGCAAAUUGCUCUUUGAUGAUGGUUACUUUCAAAGUGUUUUAAGUUCUUUAAAGUAUACCUAAGUUGUGAAGUGUCCCAUGCUGUUUAGAUCUCUGUUGCAUUGAUGCUGUUUUUAAACAUGUAUUCUUGGAACUUCAGAGUUCAGUCAAAAAUACAGAGAUUGAAAUUUUGUGUGUGAUUUCUCACAAUGAUCACCUCUGUCAAAAGAUGACUCUCCUUUUUCUUUUUCAAAAGAUGGGCUUUUUCCAAAAUUCUGAAAUUCUUGGAAAGUGCAGGAUUGUACUACAAAUGAAGGUUGCAUGUUGCAGACAGCUGUGCACAGGGGUAGAUGCUGACAGGAGGAAAAGGUACUUGAAAGCCUCUUGAUUCAGUUAGAAUGUUUUGUCUUUUUACUGCUUAAAAUUUGUUUCACAGGGGCAAGCUGCUGUGACUACUUUUUUUUUAAUGUUUUAAGCACAUUAAAAAAAUCUUCCUUUUGGUUCUUCCCAUUGUUCUAAAAUCAAAGUUUUAUAAUAAAAAAAAUCUCAGAAGAUGAUUCAUAAAGGAAAAAAGCACCACCAAGGGGGAAGGAAAAUGUGUUUUAAUCUUACAGAAAGCAAAUAUUAAGGUUCUAUGAAUGCGUCUUACAUGAGUGUUGUAUAGUCCUCACAGGAAAUGACAUAGUUGUAGCACCUUAGCAUAGACUUCCUAGACUGGUGUUCAUAGCUACAGUUUUGCAAUGUAGAACCUGAAGAUGAAGUUAAUUUUGCAUUAUAAGAGCACACCAUUAUCUAUGUAAAAAGUGUUCAUUUGAUGUAUUUUUUUAAGAAAAGAGAAAGCACUUUCAUAUUAAGUCGCAUGUGUAUGAAUUUUAGACUUCCUGUUUGUGUGUCUAUUCAGUGACUAAAAUAGAGCAUCAGAUGUUUGCUGGCAGCGUAAACUGCUAAUGGAAGCACCUUAUACUCUGCUGCUUAAACUUGCUUGGAUUGCACCUUGUCACCUGCACACUUUCACAAAGAGUAUUGUAACAUGGCUUCGAGUGGCUCUGGGUGGAAGAUCAGUGGUGGGCCUACAGGAUCUUUUAUUUAUGUUGUUUAUAUUACAAUAAUAUAUUGUAGACCAGUUGUAACUUCAGUUCUUUGCAAAUAAAAAUCUGACUGGUUAUUGAA